UCGGCGCAGGUUGCUGAUGCUGAUGUCACAUCUCUGUGCUAAGAGGAGGGUUGGGAGGGGGACAAAAAAGGCACCAAAAAUAGCGGGUUAAUGUGCGCCAAUGCCAGCGGAGGCAACACUGAUUCUGUCAGAGCCGAGCGCAAAAGUGCCACAGGUGAGGAUGGAAUGAUCUGCGCGUCCUCUGCGGCGCCAGCAAGCUGUAGCCAAGUUCGCCCGGCGAAAGGCAAAAGGAGCACCGACAAGCAUGGAGGGGUGCGCGUAAAUUUCUUGUCCUUUUACGCACAGGCGAGGAGGUCAGGGCAGAGCGCCGAUGAGAGCACCCUGCACAAUUUGACUCGAAUAGGAAAAGAAGAAGCACAUUAUCAUGAACGCUGACGUGGGAUCAUCCGGGCUGGCCAGGUCGGCCGCGGUCAAGCUGUCCGAGAUGGGCGCGCGCACCAAACAGCUGGGCACCGCCAUGCAGGACCCGCACCAGCAGCGGCGCAUCAUUCUGGUCAUCGUGUGCGUGGCGCUGCUGCUGGACAACAUGCUGUACAUGGUCAUCGUGCCCAUUAUCCCGGACUACCUGGCAGACCUGGAGAACGAGCAAUCGGAGCACGUCCAUGUCGUCUUGCACCCAAACAGCAGCGCGUCCGGCAACGGCACGAGCGCGAGUCAAACCAAAGGCAACAACCUGGACGUCCAAAUCGGAGUUCUGUUCGCGUCCAAAGCCAUCCUGCAGCUGCUGGUCAACCCCCUGAGCGGCACUUUCAUCGAUCGGGUCGGGUAUGACAUCCCGCUUCUGAUCGGCCUGACUGUCAUGUUUCUCUCCACGUGUAUUUUCGCCUUCGGAGAGAACUACGCUACGUUGUUCGCCGCCCGAAGUUUGCAAGGUCUGGGCUCGGCGUUCGCGGACACGUCUGGCCUCGCCAUGAUCGCCGACAAGUACACGGAGGAGGCCGAGCGCAGCCGGGCGCUGGGCAUCGCGCUGGCCUUCAUCUCAUUCGGGAGCCUGGUGGCACCUCCGUUCGGCGGGGUGCUUUACGAGUUCGCCGGCAAGCGGGUGCCCUUCCUGGUGCUCGCUUUCGUGUGCCUGGCGGACGGCUUCCUCUUCCUCACAGUCAUCCGACCAUUCUCUAACAGAACUCGAGAGAACAUGCCGGUGGGCACCCCCAUCUACCGGCUCAUGAUCGACCCCUAUAUCGCGGUGGUGGCCGGCGCGCUCACUGUGUGCAACAUCCCGCUGGCCUUCCUGGAGCCCACCAUCGCCAACUGGAUGGAGACCACCAUGCACUCCACGCAGUGGCAGAUGGGCUUGACGUGGCUGCCCGCCUUCUUCCCGCACGUCUUCGGCGUGUACAUCACCGUCAAACUGGCGGCGCGUCACCCCAACCUGCAGUGGUUCUACGGCGCGCUAGGCAUGGUCAUCAUCGGCGCCAGUUCGUGCACGGUGCCGGCGUGCAAGACCUUCGGGGAACUCAUCGCCCCGUUGUGCGGCAUCUGCUUCGGCAUCGCGCUAGUGGACACGGCGCUGCUACCCACGCUCGCCUUCCUAGUGGACGUGCGCCACGUCUCGGUCUACGGCAGCGUGUACGCCAUCGCGGACAUUUCCUACUCGGUAGCGUACGCCAUGGGGCCGGUGGUGGCCGGCCAGAUCGUGCACUACCUGGGCUUCGUGCAGCUCAACCUAGGCAUGGGGUUGGUCAAUGUUCUCUACGCGCCAGCGCUGCUCCUGCUGCGCAACGUGUGCCAAAUGAGGCCGUCCUACUCGGAGAGGGACACCCUGCUGGAGGAGGCUCCGCAGGGGCUGUACGACACCAUCCGCAUGGAGGAGAGGCGGGCCAAGAAGAAGAAGAAGGGCUACAGCUCGGCGGGCAACUGCCUGCCGGUGGACGAGAACGGCUUCGACGCUUUCAAAGCGCAGCGAUCGCAGUCCGAGGAGUCAUCCGGCACGGAGUUCACUUGAGGCGGGCAACUUCUCCAAUACCCCCGCCCAUCUCCGUCCCCCUAACCCCAGCACCCCAUGUGGAUAUCACGUUGUCUAAAUCCAAAUCAUGUGCAAUAUAAAACACCCAAUCACCAAAAUCACGAAUGUGUGAGUGUGUGACUGUUUUUUUUCUUUUAUUUGUUUGUUAUUUUAUUGUGUGUGUGAUUAAUGUAAAAGAAAAAAAGUAGAAAUAUGUGGGACCAAAUAUAAACAGCACACAUCUACUAGCACAAAAAACGCCUAUAUAUUUUUUAGUCUUUUUGUUUUUUUACUUGGAAGGAUCUGAUUUUAGUAAAUUAUUGGUGAUAUUUCAUUUUAUAUAACAAAAAGAGGGCCUGCCACAAUCUCAUCUUUUUCUUGUUAUCGGGAAUAAAAUGUGUCGGCACAAGUGGAUUUGUACAUAUGUGGAUAAGAUGCACAAUGUAAAAAGGAACAAAGAAAAAAAAGCUCAAAUGCGAGUGUGAACGUACGCGUGUGUGUUUGUGUGUGUGUAUGGGGCAAUUUGUCACGACAAGUCAGAACUCCUUAUGGAAAAUAAAUCUGUGUGUUCAUUUAUUGACUGUGGGUUUAAUAAAUCUCCGUUUGGAUCUGUGA